ACCUACUUAAAGGAUGUUGGGGUCCUCCUCCUCGGCCACCGCAAUGCCCAAAGAGUUCCCUGGCACAUGAGUGGGGAGAGGAGAUAUCAAAAACGAAGAAUGGACGAAAGAAGACAGCCGACAAAAGCCGACCAACAGGUCGCCUUGGAGAUCAAUACACCAUGGUUGGAAUCUAUCAAACAUAGAGCGGGCAUGUCGUUGCCGAGAAAACCCCCAGCCGAGCCAACCAUCUUCAGAGUCCCGCCGAUCAUGCGAUGCGGCAAUCAGAGUGCCUACGAGCCAAAACUGGUCUCCAUCGGCCCCUACCAUCGUGGCAAGUCCGAGGACUUGAAGGCCAUGGAGCAGCUCAAGUGGCGGCUACUACACAACUAUCUCUCCAAAGUUCCGGACGGGAGCAAGAACGAGGGCCUAAGAAAGAUGAAGGAUUUGGAGAAACAGGCCCGGGACUGCUACUCGGAGGUGAUCGACUUGGAUAGCGAUCAGUUUGUGGAGAUGCUGUUGCUUGAUGGAUGUUUCAUCGUCCAUUUAUUUAUUGGGAUCGAUGACGAGAUUCUGCAAGAGGAGGAGCUCAGAUCGCUGUUAUGGGAUAACGUGUGGUUCCAAAAUUUCAUCUUUGCUGACUUGCUGCGGCUCGAAAAUCAAAUUCCUUAUUUCGUUAUCAUUCAUCUUCUUGAUGCGCUGAGGAUGUCACGGAGGAAUAGCUCCCUCCUUCAAAAGGCCGCCAUCUCCCGGUUCAUUGGUUUUCUCCCACAGCCACAGUAUUUGAAAAAUCAGCAGCAACAGCUGCCCUCCCAGGGCUUCGGGGAUGUGGAUCAUUUACUCCACUUGUUCCACAAAUGGAUCUUGAGUAUUCCAAGGUUGGGGAACGCGAGUGGGAAUUGUCUUUCCAAGGUAUUGCCAUGGCGUACCAAUUCCUCGCUUUCAGAAACACCCCCAUCGACUGUCCCCACCACAACUGAACUUAAAGAGGCUGGAGUGAAGAUCAAGGUGAGAAAGACACCAAGCUUUCUCGACAUUUCAUUCUGUAACGGGGUGCUGGAAAUCCCGGCCCUUGAGAUUGAUGAUGCAACAAACUUGAUUUUCGCAAACCUCAUCGCUUUAGAGCAAUGUUGCUGUAGACAUGGGAUGAACGUCACUCAUCAUGCCUUGUUCGUGGAUGACAUCAUCAACACCCCAAGAGAUGUGGAAUUGCUCCACCGAAAAGGGAUCAUUCACCGAUGUCUUGGUGCUGACGAGGACAUUGCAUCUCUCUUCAACAAACUAGGCAAUGGUGUUGUUUCUGAUGCAGAUAGCUACCUUAAGGAUGUGUACAAAGAUUUGAAU